AUGGCCCAGACCCAGCCUUUGUGGCUUCGCUGCGAGACGAAGCCCGCCGAGCACCGCUCGGCACUGACGCCGACCACGGCGAAGAAGCUGAUUGAUGCAGGCUUUGACAUCACCGUCGAGCGCGAUCCGCAGCGCAUCUUUGACGACGCCGAGUUCGAGCAGGUCGGGUGCCACAUGGCGCCGCACCACUCGUGGCCCUCGGCGCCCAAGACGACGCCGAUCAUUGGCUUGAAGGAGCUCGAUACGCCGGGCCCGGAUCUGGAGCACACGCACAUCCAGUUUGCGCAUUGCUACAAGCACCAGGAGGGCUGGGCGGACGUGCUGGGCCGCUUCCACCGCGGCGGCGGCAAGCUGUAUGACCUCGAGUUCCUCGAAGAUGCGCAGGGCCGCCGCGUGGCCGCGUUUGGCUGGCAUGCCGGCUUUGCCGGCGCGGCGCUUGGCCUGCUCGCGCUCGCCGAGCAGGUGCAGGGCCGCCAGCUCGGGGCGCAGACGCACUACCCGAACGAAGACGCGCUCAUGGCGCACACGCGCGAGGCCGUGCAGGUGCUGCGUGCGCACCGCGCCGACAAGCGCGUCACGGCGCUGGUGAUCGGAGCGCUGGGCCGCUGUGGCCGCGGCGCGAUCGACUGCCUCGAGAAGAGCGGGCUGCAGCCGGACGAGAUCCAGCGCUGGGACAUACAAGAGACGAGCGCCAAGAGCGGCCCGUACCAGGAGAUCAUCGACUCGGACCUGUUCAUCAACUGCAUCUACCUGUCGAAGAAGAUUCCUCCGUUCCUGGACCGCGCGUCGCUCGAGCGCGCCGGUGAGAGCCGCCGCCUCGGCAUGAUUGUCGAUGUGAGCUGUGACACGACGAACCCGAACAACCCGAUUCCCGUGUACUCGAUCAACACGACGUUCGAGCGGCCCACUGUGCGUGUGGACGGCUUUGAUCGGCUCGAGGUCAUCUCGAUUGACCACCUGCCGACGCUGCUCCCGCGCGAGGCGUCCGAGGCGUUCUCCAACGACCUGCUGCCAUCGCUCCUGCAGCUGCCGCUCGUCACCGGCGUGGCGGGCGAGGAGGCGCAGAAGCACGCCAGCGAGGAGGGCAAGGGCGCUGUGUGGACACGCGCCGAGCGCCUGUUCCAGCAGCACCUGGCGGAGGCCGUGCAGCACGGUGCUUAA